AUGUCGCGCCCGCGCGGGGCCCUGCCGCCGCAGGUGGCGCCGGCGGCGGCGGCCGCGGGGCUGCGGCGCGUGGCGCGGUUCCUGGCGCGCGCCCUGCCGCUGUGCCGCGCCCACACCGUGGAGUUCUACACGCGCGACCUCUGGGAGUGGCUCGUGGCGCUGCGCCCCGAGGCGGUCCUAGAGGCGCUGGGCGGGGCCGGGCCGCUGGCGCUGCGGCGCCCCCUGGCGGAGGCCGCCGGCGCCGCGGCGGCGCCGUGGGACGAGUGCGGGUUUUCCAGUAUGUUCUGUGAGAAAUCUAAGAAGCUUAUCGAUGUGCAUUCUUUUGCCCUGGCUGCUAAGUAUUAUUCUUUGUCAAACCUUGGAUUGUGUACACCAUUGGAAGAAAUACUUGAAGCACUGAGAGGAGAUCAAGAAAGAAGUGACAUUAAAACUGAUGAGUUCAUGAAUAAUAAGAAAUCCCAUGAAGUGCAGGUGAUGUCGGAACUGAUAGACAACAUAGCAAGUUAUUGUGGUAUAAAGCAGGUGAUUGAUAUAGGUUCUGGAAAGGGAUAUCUGAGCUCCUUUUUGUCUAUGCAUUAUAACUUAAAAGUUUAUGGAAUUGAUUCCUCAAAGAGCACCACUCAUGGUGCUCAUGAAAGGAACAGGAAAUUGAAGAAGCACUGGAGAGCAUAUCAGAGUCGAGCAAGAGCAAAUCUCAAAAGCCAGAAGUCAGAAGAGGUGAAUGAUAGGCCUAUGCAAACUAAAAUUAAAUCUGAAGCAAAUACUGAUGAAAAGCCCUUAGUUAAGAACAGCAGUCUUCAAAGUCAAGACCAAGUGACUACCCAAGACUUAGAUCCUUCUGGUGUUUUCACAGAAAUAGCUACAUCUGAAACCAGCAAACAAACUGAAAUUAAUUUUAUGGCUCAGACACAAUCUGAUGAGAGCAAACUUUCUGAAAAUGUUCUUGCUAUUCUGAAUGUUCUGCCUGCUGAUGCUGUUGAAGUUUUUUCUUCAUCUCAGUGUGACUGUGGGAAGCUCUGUGAAAAGGAAAAGGCACAAAGAAAAACGGCAUCUAUCAAGGCUAAAGCAAGCAAGUCAAGUGAAUCAAACCUUUAUUUUCCAUUGACCUCCUGCAUCACUGCAGAAACGGAACUCAGUGACAUCAUCACAGAUCUGGAGGAAUCUGUAAUGGUGGGUCUGCAUACAUGUGGGGAUCUUGCUCCAAAUACACUACGAAUUUUUAUUGCCAAGCCUGAAAUCAAAGCAGUUUGCAGUGUAGGCUGCUGCUACCAUCUGUUGUCAGAACAAUAUGAAAACCAAGAAGAUUGCACAGAGGAAGUGUGGGGAUUUCCCAUGUGUCAGUACUUGAAGGAUGAGGGCUGGUGCUGUGGUCGCAAUGCUAGAAUGUCAGCAUGCUUGGCUUUGGAGAGAGUUGCAGUUGGCCAAAUGCUGCCUACAGAAUCAUUGUUUUAUCGAGCUGUUCUUCAGGUUAUUGUAGAAGAAAACUAUGGUGUUACCAAAAGUGAUCGACACGUUGGAAAAAUUUUCUCCAAGUCAUCCUCCUUCUUAGACUAUGUAAGAAAGUCUUUGAAAAAACUGGAACUGGAUGAUUCAAAGCUCCCAGACAGCUGUAUAAUGGAUUACUAUGAAAAAUACAAGCAUCGAAUGAAUGAGCUCGAAGCAUUUAAUAUGUUGAAGGUUGUUCUGGCUCCCUGCAUAGAAGUUUUGAUACUUCUGGAUCGUCUUUGCUACCUCAAGGAGCAGGACAACAUUGCUUGGUCUGGACUUGUGAAGUUAUUUGAUGCUGUGAAAUCCCCCAGAUGCUAUGCAGUUAUUGCUCUGAAGAAACAGUCAUGUUUUUAAGUGGAAGCAAACUGCAGAUAGGUUGAAAUCUCUGAACUGAUACUGCUAUUUCCUGACUUUUUUCCUGUUAUUUUAAGUGGUUCCUCAAGUUUGCUGAUGCAUUUAGUAACUCUUUAGUUGAUAUCUGCAAAAAUAAAAAAUGUAAUGCGUCUAUGAAUCAUGAGAAAUAAAUAGUGAGCUGUAGCUCCUUUAUAAAUAC